CAUUGUGGGUACCUAGUUUUUACCUUUAAUAUUUUCACCUCAAUGAAAAAUGAAGAACAAAAUGUAGUUUGUGUAUCCCAACCCAAGUUCUAACCAAUAUUUAUGUAAAAGGCCACUUUUUCAUUAUUUUAUAGCGUCCGUUACAGUGUCGUCGAUGGAGCAAAGGUUAAAUAAGUCAAUAAGAAUUUAGGCAAUUCUUAAUUAUGUGAUGUAAUGUGCUUUUUUACGCUUAUUGAAAGCAAUUAAUGCUUAAGUGGAGGAUAUUUUCUGUGACUACAUAUAAUUGUCAUAAUAAAUUACGAAAUGUAAAAAAGUGAAACUUGACUCGUUCUAAUACAUUGCCACUGUUGUGUAAUUUUGCCCUAUUUUAUACACAAUGAUAUACGGAACCAAUCCUGUCGAAUAUAUGCCACAUGGUCUGCUUUCCAGCCGAAAGCACCCUGAUUACAAAACCAGUAUUGUAUGCGAUGGCCACGUUUCACUAUCUGAUACAGAGAAAACAUCUCAAAAAAUAGCAAGCUCUAAUUCAAAGAAUGCCUUUUGGACUUUGCAAAGCGAUGAAUACAAUCAAGAGGAGGAACUCUAUUGUUUUGGUAAUCUGGCAGUCUCCAGUAAAGGAAAUUUAGUUGGAAAUACUCUACAAACAUCUUUUAUUUGUGAGUAUAAAAUAAAGCAAGUUACCUGGUGCAAAUUUGUCACAGAAAAUUGGAGUGACAUUAACUUGACUUGCAAAAAAAAUAACUUCACAAUGCAUGGCAUUUGUUUGUUGGAUAAUCACUCUCUAAGAAUUUUCACAAACACAGGAGAGAACUAUGUAUCAAAUUUGCAAACUAAGGUCACAGCAAUAUGGCCUACUAAAUACGGAAUUCUUUUGGACACCUCAGUUCCAGUUGGAAAUAUUCACCGGUCAAAGGUGUUAGGUCCAGCAAAAAAUAUUUUUCUUACUGAUGAAUCAACUGUAUCCUCAGUUUAUUCCUUAACUCAUCCUUUAGAUGAAAUUUUGCCUGUUCUUUUGAAGCGAGGGAGUAUUAUGUCAGUUUGUGGGCCAAAUGUCAGUAUAAUUUUCACUAGUGAUGAACCAUCUCUUGCUGUUACCUUUGACUUUAAAACUGGAGCACAUUCGAUCUUUAAAAUUAGAAGAUGCUCAGAUAAUGAGUGUCAAGUGACAAAUCAUUGCAAUUUCUCUAACACGACAUCGGCAUCUCGAAACUCUUAUUGUUCUACAUCAAUCCAAAAUACUUCUCAUAAUCUCAUGAGUGCUAGAUAUUCUACCGAUAAAAUUAAUUACAACAACUUAGGUUCUUCUUUGGGUUCUUAUCAUUCACGAGCAACAUCAUACUCUACGACAUGCUCUGCUAAUAUUUCUUUUUUAUCUCAACAUUUAUCAAGAUCUCAUAGUCCAAUGUCAACAAUAUCUCGAAGUCAAUCGCCAUCCAAUCCAAUAUAUCCUUCACUAAAUAACGUGAUUCCAGGACAUCUGACAAAUCAAUCUCGUUUGCAUCCAAAUUUUUCAGCUCCUGUAUUGAAUGAAUUAGCAUGCAAAGAGUGUUUAUAUAAAAGAAAUCACACGAUACAUUCAGAACACUUGCUUGUUGAGAUGACGAGGAUAGAAUUGUGCUUAGAACAUGUUUGGACAGAAAGUGCCGCCGUAUUACCAACCAAAGAUGAUUCUAGUGUAUGUGCUUCAAAAGUUUUUCUCACUACAGAUUUAAUUGGACAACAAUAUCUUUGUUACCUUGUAGAAAAUCGGCAUCGAUUACAUUUAAUUCGAAUGCAAAAGUCAAACGAUCCAGAGAAACUCAUUUUAGGACUUAUUUCUCAAAUAACAGCUAAGGAUGUUGUGAAUUUUCCGAAAUUGAACAUGAUGGCAGUUUCAGAAAUAACAGGAAAUAUUUUGAUUUACUCUGGAGUUAUACCAAUAGGAAAAUUACAAAUUCCCAGCAUUAGUUCUCAUAUUGUUGAAAAUCUGUACGUAACACCGAAUUCUGCUGAAAAAUAUCUCAACUCUCCGUUCCCACGAGGAAGCUCUCUUAUUUCACCAAGUAAAUCUUCAACACCAGAUGUAAAAUUUGAUGCUGGAUUACAUUUGUUAAACUCAGUUAAUACAAACUUUUCUAGCUUAAACAAUGCAAAUCAUGUAUUGUUUAACAGUAAUACAACAAAGUUGAAAAGCGCCGUUAUAAAUAAGAUUAUUAUAGAGUACAAAAACUUACGGUACUUUAAAAUUGUACUCCCAUCAAUGAGAGCAUCCCCGAUAGUGAACAUGUGUUUGCAGUGUCUGCAAAGUAUUUUACCUCGAGAAAUUACAGUGCAACUUCAAGUAAAAUGGUAUAGUGCUAGAAAUGCCCCUGGACCUCAAGAUUUAACAGUUAAUCAAGAAUGGACUCUGUUUUUGCUUAUUUUUUUUACUAUUUUUGGUUAUGAAGUAAACAAAUUAAAUAUUACCAUGAAUAAUGAUUUGAAUUAUAUGUCUGAAAGUUUUAGUCCAGUAUUUGUUCCAAAAAAACAAAAAACUGCUAAUAAUGGAUCAAUUGACGAUUGGUCAUAUUUAACUAUAUCCGAAACUACAAACAACCUUAAAUGCUUUCUCCAUGAUGCAAUCGGCUUAUCACAAUUCAACCAUAAUACUAGUCCAAAUUCAUCUACUGAAAUGAAGCUGAAACAGAGUGCAGUACAAAAAAUCAGUAUUCAAUCUACAUCCGUAGUACAUCUUAUUAAUGUUUUACUGUCGCUUCACUUACUUUAUGAAGAAAUAAAACUCAAAUCUAAUAUAUCGGAUAGCUUGUUUUUGUUAGCAAAAUUACUAUACCAGUUAACAGUUUAUUUAAAUCUACCAAUGUAUACGCAGUAUUAUUUUUUAGAUUUCCCGUUACUUCAUAAGAUAAUAGAUAAAUUGCCAAAAAAAGAUAUAAAAAUACAGAAAAUCACUUUACCAACUUAUUUUCCAUUUCAUCCUCCAAGUAUUUUUAAGUCAUUGUAUAAGUUAAUAUCAACGUCAGAUAAUUUUUCAUAUUUAUACCAAUAUGAGGUUAAUGAAGUCAGUAAAAAGCUCCUAUACUUAUUUUGUAAAUUCAAUGGACGAGAUAAUAAUCGCAUUCUAGAUCUGGACCAAUUUUUCAAAAUCAUUACUAAUGAUUAUGAUCCAGCUAUUGUAAAAAAAAAAUACAGUGAAAAAUUUAUUGAAGAAAUCAUCGUACAUGCACAUAAAAUGGGUAUUACGAAACAAGAAAUUGACAAUUUUCCAUGUGGUAUAAAAUUUUUUUUCCAUUCCAUCAUUAACAAAUGCAGAGAAAUUCCACCCCCAGAUUGGCCUGCAUCAGUUUACAAUCUGAUUGAACGUCAAGAUUUAGCUUCAUUAAAGAGGGAAUGUCAGGACAAUUUAAAAAAAUGCAUUUUAGGUAAAAAAAAAAAUAUUUUAUCAACCUUUGAAGAAGCAGUAUGCAAAGAUGGAAUGGAUUUUGAUUAUAAUGUUCUACAGUUACGAUUUGGUGCAGAUCACAGAGUUCAAGAAACUCGCAAACUAUUAGAUUCUUCUAAACCUAUUAAAAUAUGCGUAAUGCAACGUCCGGACAUAAGUGAUCACGAGUUAAUUGAAGAACAAGAAAAGUUUCUGCUUGCUCUCUGUACUAGAACCAUGGCACUUUCUAUAGGAAGAGGAAUGUUUACUCUGAGAACUUCAAAACCAAUCAAUACGGAACAACUACCGAUACCAGAACUAUGUCUUAGUGGUAAAGCACCUCCAAGAGGCACGACAAUUGAAUUAACACAUAUUGAUGUACCAGCUAAUAUGAAUCUGUGGCCGUUAUUUCAUAAUGGUGUUGCUACAGGGUUGUGCAUUCAACCGAAUUCUUUAAAUGUUGAUUCAACGUGGAUUGUCUACAAUAAACAACAGCAAGGAGAACUAGGCAUUGAACAUUCAGGUUUUCUUAUGGCGUUAGGACUCAACGGUCAUCUUAAGAAUCUAGCCCCAUUUAGCAUGUAUGAGUACUUGGUUGAAUGCCAUGAAGCAACUAGUGUUGGAUUACUUUUAGGAUUAUCUGCUACCCAUCGAGGUUCCAUGGAUGUAUCAAUGACUAAAUUACUUUCUCUUCACGUAGAAACAUUACUACCUCCAACAAGUAUUGAACUUAAUGUUCCACAAAAUGUCCAAGUGGCUGCUGUAAUAGGGGUUGGCUUAGUGUAUCAAGGAACAAACCAUAGGCACAUAGCUAAUGCAUUACUUUCCGAAAUAGGAAGACCACCUGGUCCUGAAAUGAAAAAUUGUGUGGAUAGAGAAUCUUACUCUCUAGCAGCUGGGUUAGCUUUAGGACUCGUCAUUCUUAAUUCUGGUGGAAAAACAGAUUUAUCAAAUAUCCCAGAUGCUCUUCAUUACUACAUGAUUGGAGGAAACACAAGACCUUUUUGUGGAUCACAAAAAGAUAAAUAUAAAUCUCCCAGCUAUCAAAUUAAAGAAGGAGAUUCAAUUAAUAUUGAUGUUACUAGUCCUGGAGCCACAAUCGCCUUAGGAUUGAUGUAUCUUAGAACAAGUAACCAUGCUAUAGCUGAAUGGAUGACAGUACCAAAUACACAGUACCUUCUUGAUUUUGUUCGUCCCGAUCUUCUAUUACUUCGAGUAUUGGCUAAGUCAAUUAUACUUUGGGAUGAAAUUGAACCGUCAAAAACGUGGGUAUCAAGUCACGUUCCAGAAAUUGUUACGAAGUAUAAAUUACAAAAACCCAAUACUGACAUUGUUGAACCAGUCGACCUUGAAACUAUAAAUCAAGCCUACUGCAACAUUAUUGCUGGUGCAUGCAUGGCAUUGGGAUUAAAGUAUGCAGGCUCAGAAAAUAUUAUGGCAUUUAAAACACUAUUUCAUUUUCUGAAAAUGUUUAUGACACUAGCUCAUAAGUCAAUAGCUGAAUUAGCAGGAAAAACUACGAUAGAAACAUGCCUCAAUGUCGUUCUUUUGUCAGCAUCAAUUGUGAUGGCUGGAACUGGAAAUUUAGAGGUAUGA